CAAAUUAGUUUGUAUUGGAAUUUGAAGGCGGGAUAUCCACAAGGAGAAAAAAUAGUCGAAACAUUUCCCUAACACAAAAAUGAGACGGAGUAUGGCGCCAAGCCAGUUAGGUCAAGUAAAACGAAAAUACGACGACGAAGACGAUGACCCUGCUUGGUCUGAAAAAAAGAAAAGUGGCAAAAAUAAAAAAACCCAAGUGGUUGAUCGAACUACGGAGUUUUUGUCGCCGUAUCGGAAACCUCUUACACAAUGCAGUCUCUCAGUUGUUGAAGGCAAUUCAGAAACAUCUGGAUCAACAUUCCAUGAACAACUUAUCAAAAAGAUCCUUUCAAAGCCAUUUAAAAUUCCAAUUCCAAACUAUAGUGGCCCAACUCUUGGAAAAGCCCUUGGAUUAAGACGAGCUGGAAUACGGCAAGCUUUACAUGACCCAGAAGAGCCUGGCGCAUUGAUCUUGUAUACACCUCCUGAACUAUCUGCUCAUGAGAAGCUGAAAACAUCUAUUAGUGAUAAGCAUCCAGUCCAUGUGGUGGUUGAUCCAGUUUUGACUAAAGUAUUACGCCCUCACCAACGUGAAGGAGUAAAAUUCAUGUAUGACUGUGUUACUGGUCUAUGCAUUGAAAACAAUUAUGGUUGCAUCAUGGCUGAUGAAAUGGGAUUAGGAAAAACCUUGCAGUGCAUUACACUACUUUGGACUCUACUCAAACAAGGCCCAGAUUGUAAGCCCCUGAUUACUAAGGGAAUUAUUGUAUCACCCAGCAGUUUGGUCAAGAAUUGGCAAAAUGAAAUCAACAAGUGGUUGAGUGGCCGACUUAAUUCGCUGGUGAUAGAUUCUGGAAGCAAAGAUGAAAUCGAUCGCAAUUUACAUGGUUUCAUGCACACGCACGGUCGGCGAGUCCUUAAUCCUGUACUUAUAAUCUCUUACGAGACGUUUAGACUUCACGCACACGUUCUUCACCAAGGAGAAAUCGGACUUGUUCUUUGUGAUGAGGGCCAUCGUUUGAAAAACAGUGAAAACCAGACAUACCAAGCCCUGGUGGCACUCAAUUGUAAACGCCGGGUUCUUCUGUCAGGAACGCCCAUUCAGAACGAUUUACUGGAAUAUUUUAGCUUGUUGCAUUUCGUUAACCAAGGCAUUCUCGGAACUGCACAGGAGUUCAAAAGAAGGUUUGAGACGCCCAUCUUGCGGGGCAGAGACGCUGAUGCAACGGAAGAAACGCAGAAACAGGGCCAAGGAAAACUUAAAGAACUAGCAGAUCUAGUCAAUAAAUGCAUCAUUCGGCGAACGUCCGCAUUGUUAACCAAAUAUCUACCAGUCAAAAUUGAACUGGUGGUUUGUGUUAAACUCGGUCCUGUACAAGCGGCCAUAUACAAAAAGUUCGUCACUUCAGAAGCUAUCAAGAGCAAAAUGAGAGAAACCAACGAAAAACCGAGCAAAACGAGCAUGACUGCCCUGGCCGCCAUUACGAAUUUAAAGAAACUUUGCAGCCAUCCAGAACUGAUUUAUGACAAGUGCCAAUCGGGCGUUGACGGGUUCGAAGACACUCUGCCAUUAUUUCCCGCCAACUUCGAUCCACGGAAGCUGCAAACAGAGUUAUCUGGAAAGCUUUGCGUCCUUGAUUGUAUCUUGGCUAUGGUCAAAAGCACCACCAACGACAAGAUCGUCCUGAUUUCGAAUUACACUCAAACCCUUGAUCUAUUCGAAAAGCUUUGCCGGAUGAGGACCUAUCCGUGCGUCCGUCUGGAUGGAAGCAUGAGCAUUAAAAAAAGAGCCAAAAUUGUUGAACGCUUCAAUGACCCUGCCAGCUCGGAUUUUGUAUUUUUGCUAAGCAGCAAAGCUGGUGGUUGUGGUUUGAACCUGAUUGGGGCCAAUCGUUUGGUGAUGUUUGAUCCCGACUGGAACCCGGCCAACGAUGAUCAAGCCAUGGCACGUGUGUGGCGAGACGGCCAAAAGAAGCCCUGUUUCAUUUAUCGUCUGCUAUCGACUGGUACCAUCGAAGAAAAGAUCUUCCAGCGCCAGGCCCACAAGAAGGCACUCAGCUCCUGUGUGGUAGAUAAUGAAGAUGAUGUGGAACGACAUUUCAGCCUCUCUGAUUUACGCGAUUUGUUCAAAUUGGAAGAUCAAACGAUGAGCGAUACGCACGACAAAUUCAAAUGCCGCCGUUGCGUCAAUCGAAUUCAAGUAAAACCGCCACCGGACGACGCCACUUGUAAUUCUGAUUUAUCCCAAUGGAAUCACUGUGCAGAUCGCAAAACUAUUCCGGAUCCCAUUCUGAAGUCUGCCUGGGACGCUGGAGUUACAUUCGCCUUCCACCAAAAGUCUCACGAGCCUAAAAUUGUUCCUUGAAUGUUUCGCGUUUGGCGAAAGUUAGAAGAAACUUCUGCGUGUGAUGGAAGUUGGUUGAAAAUUCUAUGACUUACAUUCCGCUUCUUUUUUUUAUUUUUAUGUUAAACGUAAACGCUUAUUACCAAUUUUGUAAUGUGCGUUGUUUUUCAUCAAA